AUGUCGUUUCUCAAGGUCUCUGGAACGAAAAUUGUGAAUGGUGACGGUAAUGAAAUCACUUUGCAUGGUGCUGGUCUUGGUGGUUGGAUGACGAUGGAGAACUUUAUCUCUGGAUACCCUGGUUGCGAAUUUCAGAUUCGAGAAGCUUUAGCUGAGGCUAUCGGAGGGCGCAAAGCUGAAUUCUUCUUUGACAAAUUCCUGGAAUAUUUCUUUGCAGAGCCAGAUGCAGCAUUCUUCAAGUCGCUGGGUCUGAACUGUAUCCGCAUCGCUAUCAACUACAGACAUUUUGAGGACAACUUGAAUCCCCGAACAAUGAAGCCAGAUUGCUUUCGCCAUCUCGAUCGUGUCAUCGAGGCGUGCUCCAAGCAUUCCAUUUACACCAUCAUUGACAUGCAUACAGCGCCAGGUGGUCAGAAUGGCGGCUGGCACUCUGAUGCUGGAACUCAUAUCGCAGGUUUUUGGAUCCACAAAGACUUCCAGGAUAGGCUCGUUUGGCUCUGGACGGAGGUCGCUCGUCACUAUGCUAAUAAUCCAUGGGUAGCAGGAUAUAAUCCUAUGAACGAACCUGCUGAUCCGAAAGGAACAGGACUGGUGCAUUUCUACGACAGAGUACAUGCUGCUAUCCGCUCUGUCGACCCUAAUCACACGCUGUUCCUAGAUGGAAACACCUACGCAAUUGAUUUUUCUGCUUUCCCGGACGAUGCCAAAGAGCGAUGGGACAAUACCGCAUAUGCUAUCCACGACUAUGCCAUUUAUGGGUUCCCGAAAACUCCAGAGCCGUAUGCAAGGACACCUGAACAACUGAAGAAGAUGAGAGACACCUAUAAACGCAAAAGAGCUUGGAUGGAUGAGAAAGGCUUGUGUGUAUGGAAUGGAGAGUGGGGUCCUGUUUAUGCCCGCAGGGAAUACGAUGGCGAUGCGACUGACGAAAUCAACGAAAGGCGGUAUAACGUGCUGAAAGAUCAAUUGGAUAUAUACCACGAAGACCAGCUCAGUUGGUCUAUAUGGCUCUACAAGGAUAUCGGUUACCAAGGAAUGGUGUAUGUUUCACGGGAAACACCUUACAUGAAGCUUUUCGAAUCUUUCCUUGCACGGAAAUUUCGCCUUGCUGUAGACGCUUGGGGUACGAACGAUAAAUAUGUCAAGCAGAUAUAUCAACCGAUUACCGAUCUCAUCAAAGAUAACGUCCCAGAAUCCAACAGGCACCUUUACCCCCCAAUCUGGAGCUUGGAAGAUCGAGUUGCCAGACUUUCAAGGACUAUGUUGGUGGCAGAAUACAUGGUAAAGGAGUGGGCAGACACGCUCAUAGGGUUGGACGAGCGGCAGCUGGAUGAGGUUGCGGCUAGCUUCAAGUUCGAGAACUGCCUGAAGCGGGAUGGGCUCAACAAAGUUCUGACGGACCAUGCAGCAUCAUAUAAGAAAUAG